GCCAUACCGGAGCAGCACAUCAGCAGACCUCGACUGGCUGGCGUGAAGUACAGAAGUGCUUCCUCACUCACCUCCGUCGAUCGUCACACAUCACACCAAACACCACGCACGUCGCCACGCCGUCCCUGCCUAUAAGAAAGCAGGAUGUGGGUCUCCGUGUACACACUAGCAGUGUUGGGGAUAGCAGGCGUGCUGGCUGAAACGACUACUGGAAUACCAGAACUCACAACAAUAGAUACCACCACACCAGAGUAUAUCACCAACACAAAGCCACACUCCUUAACCACUUUUGUUAGACCAGUGGACUGUUCAGACCACCUGAUGGCCGGAGCCAGAGUUAGCGGCGUGUACGAGAUCCACCCCUUUACCUCCCUUCCUCAUCCCAGGUGCACGUGUACAAAGCCAGUGCUGGUGUGGUGUGACAUGGAGACAGACGGCGGCGGCUGGACGGUGUUCCUCAAUCGUCAGCACCAGGCCAUCCAGCUUGACUUCAACCGCACGUGGAGCGAUUACAAGGCAGGCUUCGGCAGUCCUUACUCCGAGUACUAUUUGGGAAAUGAAUUGCUGCACCAGAUGACGCACGGCCGUAUGUACGCCAUCCGUAUGGACGUAACCUUAGCCUCGGGAGGUUACGAUUUCUCCACCUACCAAUAUUUUACAGUAUAUUCUGAGGAGAAGAGGUAUACGGCCUCCUUGACGGGGACUCAACUAUCCGGCACUAGCAACACAAAUUGUUUAGUCCAGAUGAAUAAUCGUGUCUUCACCACACUGGAGAGGGACCUCGACAGCUAUAACAGCAACUGUGCAGUAAAAAGAGGAGGCGCGUGGUGGUAUAACAAUUGCAAUUACUUCAGCCCCACUGUUCCCUUUGAUGAGAACCUCAUCCUGACCUGCAGUGGCCCCAGUAGAAGCGUGACUCAUCUUCAGUUGAAGCUUCGGCCAUCCACUUGUGACACCUCCUUCAAGAAGGUGCACCUGAAGGACACGGGCUGUGGCUGUGCUGCUCCUCAACACUAACACCUUCACCUACAUGACGAUCCGGAAAUUCCUCAUUCUUGCUGCUCUUGGUUCGGAUCAGCAUUCCUUAGACGCGCAAAUCUUUCAUCAGGUCGUUUCUAAAAGCCACAUACAUGAACCAUUCAAGAGUAUUCGAAAUAAGACAUCACAUUUUUUGAAAAGACGUACAACAGUGAGAACAUGUACAGGCUUAAACUCUUCUCGCUCGCUUUCAUCAGUGUGCUGUUUGACAACGAAAUUAUUUGUCAGCGCUUAACUUUAAGCUAGAUGGCGUUGUUUAUUGUAAAUACAGUACACUUGACAGAAAGCGUUUCCACGACGACGACAAUGCACGACAGGAAGUCACAAGAGUCACUAAUGGACGAGCCAGCCUUCAUAUUUUGCGGCAUUCUAUACACUGUCCCGUCGAGCAACACACCAUAGCGUACAUUCAUAUCAAACAAUAGAUUGUCUGCGUUAGUCAUAAUAUCAACAACGCUGCCUUACAAGGAUGAAUAAUGAAUAUACGAAGAAUUUUUUUUUUUUUAUUUCAGUUAUUAUGGCACUCAGAAAAAGAAAUAUAUAUGUGUGUGUUUUCUGGUAUUAGGGUGAUGAGCAGUGGUGACGGCGAGGAAUGUUGUCUCACCACUGCUAAUUGGUGACAGUAGUAGUGAUGGUGAUGAUCGCUUCCUCAUCAUUCUCUGUACAGACAUUUAACCCUAACCAAUUUAUGUUGUCACAGUUUUUAUUCAUGAUUACUAAAGGAAUUACACACACACACACACACACACACACACACACACACACACACACACACACACACACACACACACACACACACAUACACAUGCAAGGAAAAUAUAUACGAGUUACACUGGACUAAUAAACUUUUGAAAAGA